GACGUCAUCACUUCGCGCCGUGAGCAGCAAGCAUGGCUGGAAUGGCAACUGUACCAAACGGUUCAUUAUCCAAACUGCAGUCUUUGAAUGGCAUAUUUGCCAUUUAUAAGAAACAGGGCCCCACAUCGGCAGAUGUGCUAAAUUCACUGAAGAAGACGCUUUUAAAAGAGGCUGGUGUUGUAAAUCCAAACCCUCGUAAAAGGAAGAAACAACCUCUUAAAAUUGGCCAUGGGGGCACUCUGGAUAGUAAUGCAUCUGGUGUACUUGUGGUUGGCAUUGGUGAAGGAACGAAGAUGCUCACCACAAUGCUUGCAGGAUCAAAGAAAUAUACCGCUGUUGGAGAAUUAGGCAAAGCAACCGAUACUCUUGACGCCACAGGAAAUGUCAUUGAGGAGAAGAAUUAUGAUCACAUCACAAAAGAGGCUUUGGAAGAGAAGUUUAAGCAGUUUACGGGGGAAAUUAUGCAGGUUCCACCUUUAUACUCAGCCCUGAAAAAGGAUGGCAAACGCAUGUCUGUCCUGCUAAAGCAAGGUCAGGAGGUCGAGGCUAAACCUGCACGUCCGGUGACCGUCUACAAUCUCACUUUACAAGACUUCAGCCCGCCACUUUUCACAAUAGAUGUUGAAUGUGGAGGAGGGUUUUAUGUCAGAAGUCUGGUCGAUGAGCUUGGAAAAGCACUGUCAUCUUGCGCACACGUAAAGGAGCUGACCAGAACCAAGCAAGGUCAGUUCACCUUGGAGGAGCAUGCAUUGAAGGAGGAUCGCUGGACGUUGACAGACAUCUCUCAAGCUUUGCAGCCCUGCCCAAAGCCACCAGGGAAACAGAAGAACGAAAGCAAGAAAUCAAAAGAGAAACACCCACCACCAAAGGGUGAUGAUGGAGAUCAAAAUAGUGAAUAAAGGUGUUUAUAUGUGCUGUGGGACAAACUACAUUCUCAGUGAGAGAAUUGUAGGAAAUUGCCUGCUUAGUCCGUUUUGAUUUGAUCUACCCUCUGCUCUGUACCAAACCUGUGCAUCCCUCUGCAUGCCCAUAUAUGGUACUUGUCAGGAUUGGACAGGUGGUGGCAGUGUUUUGAAGUUUGUGGAUUUGGUGCAGUUCUUAUUAGAGAGAGAGAAAUAUUCAGUUUCAAGGUCACUGAAGUUUCUAAAGCAUUAUUGUUUCAUUAAAAUAAUGACUUGGUUGUAGUCCCUGUGGUGCCAGGGGACAUAAUUAUUAUUUUUCUUGUAACAGAUUGUGGUUAAACCACACAGUUUUUUUGGUGACAAAACACCAGUUAGCACUGCUAUAUAAUUAUUUAAUUAUAUAAGACCAAAUGUUUUGUAGUUAAAUUAGUUGGCUUUUUAUUUUUUUAUUUUUACAGAUACAUUUGGGAAAAUGCUGUUUUGGUUUGCUAAUAAAAAUCAGUGCAAUUUGUUUGCAUUUUA